AUGUUUAGCACUUUGCAUCGUCUAUUCGAGCAAUCUCUCAGAAAGCGCCCUCUGUUGACGAACUAUGUAGUUUACGCUUCCUUCUACACGGCUGCGGAGUUCACACAGCAGACUGUUAACAAAUAUUACUUGCCAACUAAACCAGACUAUAAUCUUGCGUCCGGAGCUCGUGUGGUCAUGGUGGGCAGCACACUAUACGCACCCAGUUUAUAUUUUUGGUACAAGUUCCUGGACAAGAAGUUUGUUGGUAGAGCUGUCAAGACGGUGUUCACCAAAGUGGCCUGUGACCAGUUCAUUAUGACACCAUUCUUACUGGCCUGCUUCUUUACAAUUCUAAGCGUUUUGGAGGGACAGCAAGAUAUAUUCGCUGAACUACGACACAAGUACGUGAAGGCGUUAAUGGCAAAUCAAGUGUUCUGGCUUCCAGUACAGUCCAUUAACUUCUCCUUCAUACCGUCACAUCUUCGAGUGACGUACGUGGCUUCAGCUUCGUUUAUCUGGAUCAAUGUGCUGUGUUACAUCAAGCGACAACAGAUCAGUGGCAAUCCAAAGAUUCAAGCAUCAAAGUAA